AUGACCACACCAUCAACACAAUCUUCAUCAGCAACAACAGCAACACUGGCAGCAGCGGCGACAACAGUUCAAGCCUCUGUAGCAGCAACGGGAUCAACAGCAGCAGUAGCGGUAGCAACAAACAAUAGCAACAUAAAUACUACAGGGGUCAGUGGCAUUGGUGGCCCAAACACAUCUGGUGCUCCACCACCACCACCUAACCUAUAUGAUGGCCCAUCAAGCAGUAAAAAUAGUCUUGUCGCAAGUGAGGUAACUGCAGCUGCGCGUAAUUUAAAUUCACCCCUAUCGACAACAUCGGUUUCUUCGACAUUGUCAACGACACCGACAACAACAUCGGCAGCCUCAUCGCUGACGUCGUCGACCAGUUUUUCAUUGGGUUAUGGCGGUAGCAGUAAUGGCGGUCCAAAAUCUGACUCAGCUGUUGCCUCAACUUCUAGUGCUGCAGCAGCGGCAGUGCCACCACCACAGCAAUUAGUAGAGGGAGCUGCAGGUGGUGUUAGUGUUGCCAGCGUUGUUGAUAGUAAUACAAUGCUUUCGGAUGCAUAUCAUCAUCAGCAAAUGCAAUUGCAGUUGCAACAACAAUUCGAGCAACAUUAUCAGAUACAAAGUUAUUAUCAAUCUCAACAACAGCAGCAGCAACAACAACAGUUGCAGCAUCAGGCUAAGCAAUAUCAAGGCUAUUAUGAGCAACACGUGUUUUUGCAACAACAGCAGACGGCACAGGCACAACAAAAGCCACCACCGCCACUAAUGGGCCAGCAACAGCAAAAUCAAUUAUUAUAUAAUGCAUCGGAACAGCAAAGAACAAUUGCCACCUCAUAUCAUCAGCAGCAGCAACAACAACAGAUACAGCAUCAGCAACAGCAACGAUAA